AAAAGUAUCUCAAAAUAAGCACAAGCAUACGAAUUUUAUAAUCAAAUAGAGUGUUUCAUAUAAUAAUUGAAUAAAAAUGCUUAACUUAUUUAAAAAUUUUUUAAUCAUUGUAUUAACAAUUAUAAAUAUAACAAAUGCCGCUCAAUAUUUAAGUGAUAAACCUGACUUCUUGAAACCCUGCAAUUAUGAGGAUAAAAGUUUUAGCAAGUGUUUUGCAAAUAAUUUUCAAGUAUUAUUCAAAGACUGGAAAGAUGGCGUUCCUGGUCUGAAAACAGUUGGAAAACUAGAUCCCAUCAUAGUGAAACGUAUAAAGAUUGUACAAGAUCCAAGCAGUGGAAUUGCACUGAAUGCAAUUUUAGAUAACGUGGAAAUAAGAGGAGCCAGCGAUGCUAUAGUGGAGGAAGCUGUGUAAGUUCUUUUGGAUUAAACUCAGUUAAAAAAAAAAAACAAU